UAUGGGAAAGAAAACUUCCGCAGCGGUCAAGACAUGCACAACUUCAUCUCCUCCGGCUUUGUGACGCUCGGCAGGGGCCAUCUGAAAGCUCAACACUCUGUAGAUGAUCUGGCGUGGCAGGGCGACCUGGACGUGCCGCUAUCAUACAAUAAUCAUCAGCACGAUUACACCAGCCAUCUGGAUCUCACCGGUUCACACACACCAAAAAUUGGACACAGAAUAGAGUACUACGAGAAGCCAAGGAUGAACAACAUUCUGACGUCUCAGACUGAACCUUACGAUCUGUCAUUCUCACGGUCUUUCCAGAACCUCACUCAUCUCCCUCCCUCAUAUGAGAUGGCCAUAAAAGCAGAAUUAAGUGAUAAAGAUGAUGAGUACUACACCCGAAAGCAUCAUGUGCACGACCAGCCCUCCCGGGGCGGCAACCUGCAGUCACACAUGGUGAAGCUGAACGUGGAACCUCCAGCACAGCGGCAGAAACCCAAGCGCGUGCAGCGGGCCAUGUCCCAAGAUCACGUGCUGUCCCCUGCCCGCUCCAAACCCAACCGGGACUACCUGUCCUCGUACGGCGGAGGCGCGGGUGGUCUCUCUCCAUACCACGGACGCAUUCUCUCCCAGGAACAACUGUUAUCAGCCGAUCGACUUCACUCCCAGGAUCCUCUGCUGUCGCCAGAUAAGAUGCUGUCCUUGCGACGGGCCAACUUCCGGGAAAAGACCAUGUCCCGGGCGAUCUCCCAAACGGACAUGUUCAUACCAACGACACCGGUCAUGGACCGACACUACAAAAUGAUGAAGAUGCAUUCGCACCCCACCAGCACCAACGAAUCCCACAACACUCUGACUGUUAGCAGCGCGCAGGUGGGCAACAAGAGGCAAGCGUUCGCCAACCGCCGCAUGCACACGGUAGACCACCUACAGUAUAUACCGGGACAUCACCAACCCCAGUACAGAACCGCUAGUAAGAAUGAAGUAACUGUUUAAGAACGAUAGAUGAAUGAAAACAAGUGACUAUGAUGUCAACAAACAAUCGCCGCAGUGCUCUGCGGGUUAGCUGAGAUCCGGCUCGAGAAACUUUCAAAUUAAAAUGGUGUCCCACUUUCAACUGGGUUCUUUUAAAAGGAUCCAACCUUGACCUGUUCCUGCUUCAAGCGCAAACGUUUCACUCCAUCGGUUCUGGGUCAGCUUUCCUGAAGCAGCCCGGAUCUCCUCACACGUAGAGCAAACACAAGGGCUUCGCACACGGAUCCUGGAUCGGAAGAAAGCGAGACGAAAACCCAAAUGCGGUUGUCUGGGCCGUGGAUUGAACUGCUGCGGACUUUAUUCAUACAGAAAUUAAACCGUAUAUAGAUUUAUGAUUUGUAACUCAAGUCCUAAUCAUAGCUAUAGCAAUUCUUCUAUAUAAAGUGAAGUUAGCACUUAUCGAGUGCCUCUUUUAAAAACGCAUCCCAUUUCGAUUACGAAGUGGGGAAAGGGUUUAAAAGCACAAUAAAUCUGCAAUCGGUUUUCCUUUGUCGCGUAAUCUCUGUUCUUUUGUUUCUUCUACGAUACGUCCAUCAUCAUCAAGUUUUCAAUAGAAAUGUGAUGUUACGUUUCGCGUAGCUGAUUGUAAAUAUGCUCAGUUAGCUGCUUCGUGGGUUACUUUUCGACUUCUCGUUGUUCCGUUUAAACUUUUUCUAGCAUAAUCGAGCCAUCCAGAGUAUAUUUGAUUACACAAAUGUGUACAGUAAUGUGUGUGUGUGUUUUUUAACCUGUACUUGUAGACUAAUUGUGAAUAAAUUUGGUUGAUUUAGCCAUU